AUGUCUUCCCAUGACCACGCCUUUCUUUUUGCACCUCACAACUCCAGGCAACCGGCAACCACCCGAAAAAUCCAUUUACGACGUCUUCAUGAUAUCUUGCAAUUAAGCAUCCAGACGCGCCAGUUCAAGCGGGCCAAAAGGGCUUGGGCAAUUCUUUGUCGCUGUAAAGAAACCGACUGGAAAGCCCUCUGGACCACUGGCCUCCUUAUCCUCGGAGAAGGCGAACCUGGCAACAACGGCACCUGCAAUGCUGUGGAUUAUCUUCGGGCGAUGAUGCUGCACUGUCCCGACGAUAGAGAAUCUAUCCUCCAAGAGCUUGUCUUUCGGCUUUUGCUGCUGGGUAAAUGCAGAGAGGCCUUAGACGAACUGGAAUUAUAUCUUCCUUCAUUCCCGUACCAAGACAAUCCGGUUUUUCACGUCUAUGCGGGUCUUUGUUGCAUCUUUCUCGCUCAGCCUCAACAAGACCACUCGAACCGCUUCGAUCGCAACCUCCUCCGUGAUGCCCAGACUCACCUUGAGCAUGCAAAGACACUGGAUCUAGACAACACUGUGGUGCAAGCCUUUUUGGAGAAGUUAUCUAGUUUCCAACAGGGCAAACAGAUUCCUCCGGACGAUUCUGACGAUGAGAUGGAGCUAGCCGAAUCUCACCACAGCAAAAAGAGAGCUCGCGCUUGA